GCGAGAUGGCGUUCCAGGGAACAGCCCUCUCCCUCCUCCUCAUGAUUGCCUCCACGUCCGCCCAGAUGGCAGUCCUACGGUAUGGAACCGAGUGCCCUGACCCACCCGUCCAACAGAACUUUGACAUUAUCAGGUACAUGGGCAAGUGGUUUGAGUACGAGCGGUUCCCCAACUUUUUUCAAGUGGGCACCCGCUGUGUGAUGGCCAACUACACCCUGCAAGAGAACGCCAAAGUCAAGGUCGUGAAUGCCGCGAUAGAGAAAUACAGCGUUGACUCAAGCGCCUGUCCAUGGUAUAGAGACAGAAUAGCUGUUGGAAGUGCUGAGGCCGCCGAUCCCGCAGAGCCUGCUAAACUAGGAGUGCGUUUCAACGAGAAUGCUCCCGCAGGCAAAUACUGGGUCAUCGAGACCGACUAUGACAACUACUCUGUGGUGUACAGCUGCAGCCCGAUGUCGUCCAUGAUGCAAGUUUUCGUCGAGACGGGCUGGGUGUUGACCAGAAGGAAGGCUGAGGCUCCUGCCAAUCUGGACGAAAUUCACGAGCGCCUUUCUCAGGUAGGCAUUGACCCCAGCAACUUUCAGCUGUCGGACCACGAGAGCUGCCCAGACUGGCCGACGGACGACUAAAGUGCUGUUCCCAGGUUUUGCUAAUCUUCUUCCCUUUCUACUUCUGACGUCUAGAAAAAAAAAUCCGAAACAGAGAUAGGUGAACAUGUAAGCCUUAUAGUGUUUAUGAACCGCUCGUCUUUAGGAAUAAAUUCCAUCACUUGGUUCCCUUCCAAGGACCCAAUUUUUCAAAUGUGUAAAGAACUAUGACAUAGAAAAUGAGCAUUCUAUACGACUAAGCUGUAUUCUUGACACUUGUUAAAGCAUCUGAUCUGUUGACUUUCAGUGAGAUUGUAUGCAUGAAAAUAAAAAUAUUGUGAACACAAUG